GAGCCGACGGAGCUGACCGACCCAACUACUUUGCCCGCCCGCCGCCUCUCCCUUUCCUCGCCCUUCCCCGCCCCGCCAUUAAUCUCUCCUCCUCCUCCUCUUCCUUCUAGAAGCGGCUCAAGUAUCGGAUCCCAAUCCCUCUCUCCUCUCUCUUUGUCGCUCGCUUGCUCGGGCGGGUGGGCGGGCGGUCUGGCGCGAAAGUUCAGCUCCCUUGGCUAGAUGGCUAGCUAGCUAGCUAUCCUCCCCUUGCUUUGGUUGAUUCAUCCGCACAGCACAAAGGUCUCUCACCUUUUCUGCUCCUCCCCCAUCCCCAUCUCUCUCUCUCUCUCUCUCUCUCUCUCUCUCUCUCUCUCUCUGUGAGUUUCUUCAUUCGGAGCGUUUAGCUGAGGGAAAAGGAAGGAGAGGAUUUAGCCGUCCCUGUUGAUUCUUGCGAUUGGGCUGCUCCCUUCAGUUCCUCGGAGACGCACUUCUUCCGUAGCUCUGGUGAUCCGAUUCGAACCGAAAGGCGGCUCCUUUUCCAGCUCCUGGCGUGUUUCUGGAUUAAUUCGUCUCGCCAUGGGAAAUUGCUGGGGCGCCAAGAUCAGCUCCGACAGCCCUUCCCGCAGCGCCUCAGGGGCAACUUCCAAAUUCGCUAGUAGGAAUGGGACAGCCUUGAGCAGCUCCAGCAGCCAUGCCUCGUUGGCGUCAAUGCUGCCAACCCUGCGAAGCGAGGACGAGAUUCUGGAGUCAGCAAACGUCAAGGCCUUCACCUUCAACGAGCUGAGGAUCGCCACCAGAAACUUCAGACCAGACAGCGUGCUAGGCGAGGGUGGAUUUGGGUCGGUCUUCAAGGGGUGGAUCGAUGAGAAGACGCUCACCCCAACUAGACCAGGCACAGGGAUGGUCAUUGCUGUCAAGAAGCUGAACCAGGAAGGUUACCAGGGUCACAAGGAAUGGCUGACUGAAGUGAAUUACCUUGGAACACUGUCAGACCCGUAUGUUGUAAAGCUCGUUGGCUACUGUCUCGAAGACGAACAGCGGCUCCUUGUCUAUGAGUUCAUGCCGCGCGGGAGUUUGGAGAAUCAUCUGUUCAGGAGGAGCUCCUAUUUCCAGCCGCUGUCCUGGAACCUUCGAAUGAAAAUUGCCCUUGGAGCAGCUAAAGGGCUUGCAUUUCUCCACAGCGAUAAGGCUAAAGUCAUCUACCGCGAUUUCAAGGCCUCUAAUGUGCUUCUAGAUGCGAAUUUCAAUGCAAAGCUCUCUGAUUUCGGACUGGCGAAGGAUGGUCCAACUGGUGACAAGAGCCAUGUCUCCACUAGGGUGAUGGGGACUCAUGGAUACGCUGCUCCAGAAUACCUUGCGACAGGUCAUCUGACCACCAAGAGCGACGUCUACAGCUUUGGAGUAGUACUCCUGGAAAUGCUGUCAGGACGCCGCGCCCUUGACAAGAACCGCCCGAACGGGGAGCACAGCCUGGUAGAGUGGGCUAGGCCGUACCUGAGAAGCAAGCGGCGCACACUCCUCAUCCUGGACCCCCGGCUGGGCGGGCACUACUCCCACGCUAGGGCGCAGAAGGCUGCAGCAUUGGCACUGCAAUGCCUCUCAGUGGAGUCCAGGCUCAGGCCCGACAUGGCCGAAGUGGUUACAGCGUUAGAACAGCUCCAGGACGCCAAGGAGGGGGGCAACCCUCAGCUGCAGAAGAGGCCGAGCAGUCGGAGCUUAGACAACAAUGGCUCGAAAGCGUCGACCAAGGGCCGGGAAGCCUGAUUCUUCUCCAAAGCCGGUUUGAGUGAGUGAAUCGUAAGCUAGAGCUUUUUCUUUUGCAGGUGUAGCUAGUAUAGGCUCAUAGAGGGAUUUGUAAAGAGGCGGAGUUCUGAAUGUUUUGUGCUUACCAUGUAGUUUUUUCAUCUUCAAGUCUUUGUAAAGUGCAGAAUGUAAAUACAUACUUACAUCCACUUCGAGUGUUGUGAAGUUUUGUUCGAGCCAGCAGCUGAGCACGUUGUUAGAAUUCUGCAAGCUGGCUUAGCUUAUCUUAUGAAUGUCAAAUUCAAAUAAUUAAACAUGUUUGUUGCAGAGUUUCAGACUUUCA